AUGACUACCGUCAACAAGCCAGCCCCGUCCGUCAUCAGGCCAGGCAAGGCGCCUGAAGGUCCCUCAGGCUGGGAAGAGCGAAGGGUCGAAAAGCAAAUAGAGCAACAGCAGGCUCAAGAGAGACGCAAUCACCGUCGUGAGAACUCCGCCGGCAUGGCUGGUAUCAAAGAAAAAGUACACAAGAUCGGUGAAAAGAUGCAUCUUGUAGAGCCGAAAGACCCGUCUCAACGAACCGCAGCACAGCUUCAGGACGCUUCCACGAUGCCCGAACGAGCCCCUGCUCAGAUGUAA